GGUUUCUUUAAAAGCUUGUGUGCAUUUGUUCAGCUUCAGUCCUGCGUGGAUCAUCAUGGGUCGAGCCGCAGUUGGCGUAACUCUAUUUGGCUUCUUGCUCAGCUUUACCACUGCCGUCCCAACCAUUAAGGAACGAGAUAUUGACAUUUACAGUUUCCACAUAAACUCCACGGUAACCAGCCGCUACGCCAUCACAGUCAUCAAGAGCCGUGUGGCAAAUCGACUCAAUGAGUCCAAAGAAGUCCAUUUCCAGGUCAAGAUUCCUAAGAAUGCUUUCAUCAGCAAAUUCAGAAUGACCAUAGAGGGGAAGACGUAUGAUGGAGUUGUGAAGGAGAAAGAAGAGGCUCAGCAGCAGUACAGUCAGGCAGUGUCUCGUGGAGAAAGUGCUGGAGUGGUCAGCUCAGUAGGAAGGACUCUGGAGGACUUUAAAACCUCAGUGACGGUGGCUGCUUUCAGUAAAGUGACCUUUGAACUGACCUAUGAGGAGCUGCUACAACGACGACUUGGCAAAUAUCAGUUACUCAUCAAUGCCCAACCAAUGCAGCCUGUAGGAGAUUUCAAGAUUGAUGUGUACAUCCAUGAGAGUCCAGGUAUUUCCUUACUGGAAGUGAAAGGAGGGCUGAACACUAAUGAGCUGGCCAAUGCUGUAACCACUACACGAUCUGGUAAAGAGGCGUGGGUGAACUUUUAUCCCACUCGUGAGCAGCAGACCAAGUGUGACGUUUGUGGUGAAAAUGGACUGAAUGGAGACCUGAUCAUAAUGUAUGAUGUAGACAGACCAAAACCCAGUGGAGAACUACAGGCAUCAGACGGUUAUUUCGUCCACUACUUUGCACCUACAGAUAUUCCACGCAUACCGAAAAAUGUGGUGUUAGUCAUUGACCGAAGUGGCUCCAUGAGUGGGAGAAAGAUUGAGCAGACUCGUGAAGCACUGCUGAAAAUUUUGGGAGAUCUUGCUGAGGAGGACUACUUUGGGCUGAUCAUCUUUGAUGGUCAAGUAGAUGUAUGGAAACCUAAACUCCGCCAAGCCACAGAGAGGAACAUGGGACUAGCAAAGGACUUUGUGAAAAAGAUUGAAGAUCGUGGAUCCACAAACAUCAAUUCUGCAGUGCUGAAGGGAGUGGAGAUGAUCAACAAACACCCACGAGAAGGCUCCGCCUCCAUCCUCAUCCUGCUGACUGACGGAGCACCAAAUACAGGUGAGAGUGACCCAACAAGGAUUCAGGCCAAUGUGAAAGAGGCCAUUGGGGGGAAGUUUCCUUUGUACUGUCUGGGGUUUGGAUUUGAUGUUAACUUCGAUUUCCUGGAAAAAAUGGCGCUGGAAAACAAUGGACUUGCUCGUAGGAUCUAUGAGGACUCGGAUGCUGAUCUUCAGCUACAGGGUUUCUAUGAGGAGGUGGCCGUUCCUCUGUUAACUGGUGUCCACCUGAACUAUGCUGGAGCAGCCAAUGUCACACAGACCAGAUUCAGCCACUACUACAACGGCUCAGAGAUCGUGGUAGCUGGACAAAUCACAGACAACAGCCUGGACACUUUCCAAACGGAGGUCAUCGCAAUCUCAAAAAACAGUAAAGUGACCUACCAGGACUCUGUGUUCACGAAAGACCUCGCGGGAGUUUUGCCACAUGAAAACUCCAUCCAGAGACUUUGGGCUUAUCUUACAGUGAAGCAGCUCCUGGAGAAAGAGAUGACACUUAAUGGGGAGGAGAAAGAAGCAGCCAGGAAAGAAAUCCUGGAUCUCUCUCUUAAGUAUGAAUUUGUGACCCCUUUGACUUCCAUGGUGGUCACAAAGCCUGAAGGAGAGGACACACAGGUCGCCAACAAACCUAAAGAGGAAGAAAAGGCAGAGCAAACGCAACUUAGGCUAGCAUCACGUGGAAGAACACGUUAUUUGUGGAAGACUUCUUCCAGCAGGACACGUUUAUUGAAAACGCUUCAAAUGCUACGUCCAGCAACUCCACCUCCGGUGAUUGGCGUGAGGUUCUUGAUCUCUUCUCGUGAUCAGCCUAAGCCAAUAUGUUAUAACCUCCCUGCCGCUUCCAAACUCCGCCUCCUGAUGGACCCCUCCUCAGAUUUCUCAAUGAAUGGUGAACUCUCAACAAAAGGCUUCAAACAAAUUGCUCUUCAUUACAAAACGGAUUAUUCCUUAAUGCUCAAUACCUCUCAUAUCCUUUAUCAUGAUGGCCUGAAUAAUGUGAUGUUUUUGUGGGGACAGGAGCCCAGCAAGCACGAGACUGACAGUGUGUCUCUGAUUCUGAGAAAUGAUGAAGUGGACGUCACCAUGGGAACCGUGCGUGUCGUGUUGUUCCGUCAUAAGAAAGAUGGAGAAAUGUUUCUGUGGCCUGCAGUUCAGCAGCAACCAAACCACGUUAGCAUACAAGGAAUUUUUGGAAAAAAACAUGUUGAAUAUGAGGAAUUAUCAGGAUCAGUGAUCAAAAUCAAAGAUGAAGAUGUGAAAGCGACCUGGAGCACUGCUACUGACUAUCGACGCUCUUCAGCCCCUGUUCUUGGAUGCUGGUUCAUACCAUACAAGUCUGUCCUGCAGGGGGAGCUCUCUGAUUUCACAGUGUCACAGCUGUAGACUUGCAUAUUAAUUCUAAUGAAAUACUUAAAAACCGGAUCAGAACUGUUAAUUGUUUUAAUUAAGCACAGCUUGAGUAGUCAUUUAUAUUGGAUCACAUUUAAGAUCAGCCAGUCAGGAUCAGGUGAUGGAAACUGGUAAAGAAAAAAAAAAUUGGACUUUCGUGAUGACCUGAUUACUUUGGAUUACUACGGAAUAUCGGAUUCACAUCACACAGCAGUCUUGAUUCAUACAGUAUUGUUGAUAUAUCAGCAGUUCCAGACAAAAUGCAGUGAUUGGAAAAGAUUCAUCCGAUUUCAAAGCACCAUAUUUUUUACAACCGUGAGGCGUCUAGGAACCAAUCACAUACCACCUGAAAGAGGGGGUCAUAGAGUUUCUGACCGUCACUGGAAGAUGGCUCCCUUCAGUCUGAGAGGAGAUGAGACCCCUGAGCAGAAAGUGUUCUGCAUUCUCCACUUCAAUAAGAGUGAAUCCGUCAUAACUGUGCAGCGUGAUUUUCAUUGGCAGUGAAGCUCCAACAGUUCAGAGCGUUCACCGUUGGUUCCAGAACACUGGAUGAUCUCCGAAAUCGCACUGAAAGAGCCGUGAGUGCAGCGACACCCGACAAGCUCAAUCGCUUACGGGAUGAGUUUGACUAUGGUGUUGAUGUUGUCUGUACAGCUGGAGGAGGUUCAGACUGAGACCUUGUACAAUUACAUAAUAAACUUUUUGCUCAUUUAAACCAUUUACAGUUCACUGGAUUGAUCUGUAAUGAUUUACAAGUGAAAUAAAUCAUUUUGAAAUCAGAUGAAUCUUUUUGAAUCACCCUGUAUUAAAAAAUGUUAUUUACCAAGCAGUCCAAUCUUUUAACGCUUUACAAUUUAUGACAUUAUUUGUUUUAUUUGAACGACAUAAAUUCAACAGUGUUUGAUGUACUAAAAGGAUGUUUAAAAGAU